CAGAUUCAACUUCAUACAAUGUCAAGUCAGGAAAGUUACUUUGUUUUUGUAGGUUUUCAUGACCACAUGGCGGCUGUCAAUGUUAGACUGAUCUUGAGGCUUCUUGUGCCUAUGGCAUUCGCACUCACCAUAAUGACGCUAAUACGAUGCAUAGAAUUCGUCACAAAGUUUCCGAAGCAGUUUCAGUAUAGGACUUUUUUCAUCUUCAACCGUUCGAAUAUUCCCCAAAACCAAGGUGCACGCGUAUUACCUAUGGCUGUCAUCAACAAAAAGUCCCAUUCAGAUGGAGAGCUGGGUUGUAAAGUUCCUACAUUGGAUCCCUUCCUACCCGUUAUUAUGAAAUCUCUCCAACCCAGAGAGCCAAUCAAAUGCAAUGGUAGACUAUAUACAGAGUAUGAAAAUAACGUGUUAAGACUUCUUGAUGACAUCAGUGAAGGGCAUCAAGUUGAUGAGGUCUAUGCAGAACCUUUCAUUCGUGUUUCUGACUUCAAUGUAACACUGGGGGAGAAGAGAUUCCUAGAGCUAACGAAGAAAGAGGUCAAAGUACCGAUAAAUAGUGACUUUUUAAAAGUGACAGUUCGUUUUAAAGAUGGCUCUGAGCAGACAGAUUUUCACGCCUCGAUUUCAGAGAUACCCGACGUCGCGCAGCGCAAAGAAACGCACGAUGCACCCUUAAACAUAAUGGUCCUAGGAUUAGACAGGACAUCCUCAGCCCAUUUUCAAAGAAUGACACCAAAGACCUAUGCUUUCUUAAAGGACCAAUUAGAUUCCAUUAUAUUCAAGAGUUAUUCAAUAGUCGGGGAAAAUACGGCACCAGCUUUGUCUGCCUUCUUAACUGGCAAGUCACUGAAGGAAAACUGUGCAUUCAAGGAAGCAAGGAAAGGUUUUAAAAAUGCUGGACGUGUCGACGACUGGCCAUUUAUAUUUAGCGAUCUCAAAACCCUUGGAAUUCCAACAAUGUGGAGUGAAGAUCAACCCCCUCUAGGAGCGUUUCAUUUUCAACUGAAAGGAUUCAACAAACAACCCACUGACCACUAUGGAAGAUCCCUGUGGUGGUUGUAUGAUGGUAACCUCUGUAAGCACUCCCUUCCACAGUACAAGCUGCAACUGCAAUAUCUAAAGAGCUUCAUAAAGUCCUAUCCUGGAAAAAGAAAAUUUGGUUUCGUAUUUUUGUCAGACCUUUGCCAUCGUUGGGCUAAUCUUCUUAGUGCUGGGGAUGACGGAUUUUUGGAAUUUUUUAAAUCAUUAAAGAAUGAGAGUCUUCUUAAUGACACUUUAUUUAUUACAAUGGGUGACCAUGGUCCUUACACAUAUGGUGCAAUACGGGAUAGUCCUCAGGGGAAACUUGAACAUCGGCUUCCAUUUCUUUCUUUGACUUUCCCUGCCUGGUUCAAACGCAGUUAUCCAGUGCAAAUGGCAGCACUAAUCAGGAACUCCAGGAUCAUUUCGUCACCGUUCGAUCUUCACAAAACUAUGAAGCAUCUGUUAACGUUUCCGCUGAAAACUUUUGUUCAGACGGAUACCAUUGGUGAAAGCCUUUUUGAACCACUGCCAGAUGACAGAGCUUGCGAAGAUACCGGUAUUCCAGAAUUUUAUUGUCCCUGUUUAAGUUUGAGAUCCAUUGACACUGCUCAUGCUCAUGUUCAUCGAGCUGGUAAGGUGGCUGUGAAGCACAUUAAUGACAUUUUGAUGUCUCGCUCAAUCUCGGCCAGGCUUUGUCAUCAACUAGAGUUAAAGGCGAUCUUUGAAGCUUACCAGAAAAUGCCAAGUCGUGGCUCACCCAAAAACGUUCAAACAGAUCACAGAAAUACUUCGUGCAAGUACCAGAUCAAGUUUCAAACGACACCUGGUGAUGGUUUGUUUGAAGCACUCUUAAAAAUGAACUCAACCGGAGGUUUUGAAAUUUUAAAUUACAUCUCUCGAAUCAAUACGUACGGAAAUCAGUCAAGCUGUAUUGGAGUACCAUACAUCAAACCAUAUUGUUUGUGCAGAUAACGACUUUAGAAAAUAUGCGUUGGGACCUACGGACGGAGUUUUACCGCGGAUUUUCUCCAAUUUCCUCGCCAGUGGAACAAAAACAUCGACGAUAUACACAAUGGACAAUUUUUCAAGGGGAAAAACGAAGCUCUUUCCUAUAUGUCUUCGAAAAUACUGCGUCGUUUCUAGAGGCCUUCGAUAGUAAACAUCUACAGCCGGAUUUUACCCAGAAACUGCAGUUUUGGAAAUUCUGGAAAAGGGAGAGAAUUCUCUGAGCAAAACGGGGAGUCCCUGAAGCGCGGGAAAUUGCGAGUGACCUGGGCACGAAUGGUUUUCAUUGAGCAUCUGAUUGAUUGAAAAGAUCGUGCUUGAGUUUUUUGACCAAUCACAUUGAACAAUAAAGUAAACGCAUUGUCAUUCA